AUGGAUAAGAUCCGCGAAAAGUUGGCCGCUCUGAAAGAGCAGAACGAGCAGUCUCAGGAUCAGAUUGAAAAAGCUGAGAAGCGCGUGAAGGAAUUGGAGGAGGAAAACCUUAGCAAAGAGCAAGAAGUGGCGUCUCUCACCCACAAGAACACACUCCUUGAGCAGGAGGUUGAGGAGUUGGAGACCAAGCUCAAGGAAGCCAAGGGUGCCGCCGAAGCAGGCGAGGCUCAGGGUAGCGAAAACGAGCAGCUUAAUGCUAAAUUGGCUGAGCUCGAGACCAAGCUUGAGGAGUCCGAGACCUUGCGCAAGAAGGCCGAGGAGUCUGCCAGCAGCCAGGAUGUCAACAAUGACAAUCUCAACCGUCGCAUUGAGUCUCUUGAGAAGGAGCGUGAUAAUUUGGAAGAGAAGCUUGAGGAGCUCACUUCCAAGUAUGCUGCUGCCCAGUCCGAGAUCGAAGAGAUCACCGACCAGCUCGAAUCUUUGUAG